AUGGAACUUCAAUAUAAAGUUUUCUUCAGCAAACGCCCAAGCGUGACGAGGUCCGCCCCGGCUGGCCACGAACAGCUAAAGUGGGUUCCAACAACAUCUACAUUGAUCUACGGCAUCAAAGAUGCAGUUUUAGUCGACACACAGCUCACCGUUGAGGCAAGUAAUAGCCUCCUUGAGUGGGUUGUCGCAACGGGCAAGACUGUCACCCAUAUCUACAUCACUCAUGCGCAUGGGGAUCACUUCUUCGGGAACUCUACGAUCUUGAAGCAAUUUCCAGACGCCAAAGUAGUGACGAUUCCUGAAAUCGCGGCUAAGAUGGCGGUUGAAGUUUCUCCCGAGCGCGUCGAAUCCUUUUGGGAUAAGCUCUUCCCAGGCCAAAUUCCGCAUCCAUUGACAGCCAAGGCAGAAGUCAUAAAUGGAGACGAAUUUUUCCUCGAAGGAGAGAAGUUGGUGGUUGUGAGAACCGGGCAUACCGACACCGAUGAGACUACAAGCCUUUGGGUGCCGUCAAUCGGUCUCGUGGUAACUGGCGACGCUGUGUACAAUAACGUUCAUCCCUACUUGGGAGAGGGGGCAACUGAAGAGGCUCGAAAUGAGUGGAUCAGAGCGCUAGACAAGAUUGCCGCGUUGAGGCCUCGAAUAGUUGUUGGUGGUCAUAGCGAUCCAGAGAAAGGAUUUGGUGUGGAAGCUAUUGACGAGACAAAGGAGUAUCUGCAGACCUUUAAUAAGCUUAGUUCCGAGACCAAUACCCCAGAAGAGCUGUACAGCAAAAUGGUGGAACACUACCCGGGGCGUUUGAAUCCUGGAUCAGCUUGGGCUGGUGCUAUAGCCUUAAAGAAAUGA